AUGGUUCACUCUCCCUCCAACCUUCACGAACAGGGCCUCACCCUACUAUUCGGACCCCAAGACCCCGACAUCAAUGAGGCAUACGCAAAGAAGCUUAGAUCAACUCUAUUGGAGACGCCAAGUCUUGAAUGGAUUUUAGACGCUACGACGAAUCUCAUUCAACAUUGGCAAUCUAUAUCCAAAACUCUUCCUGAGCUUCUUGCGUCCCCUGGCCAAAAGCAUUUGGAGGCAUUGAACGAAUGGCUCAGAAGAGGCAAAUUCCCCGAGGAAUUGUUUCCCCUGCCAAAUAUUAUUGUUACUCCGCUGGUAGUGAUAACACACUUACUUCAAUACUUAGUAUUUUUGGAAGAAGUACACCCAGAGCUUGCACCAGGCGAUAGUUUGCAAGCGGCCUUGAAACUUCCUACCGAGACCGUCGGACUUUGUACCGGCAUGCUAAGUUCAGCAGCGGUAGCAAGCUCUGAAAACCUGGCACAAUUAGAAAAGCAUGGUGCAGUGGCAAUUCGGAUGGCCAUGGCCAUCGGUGCAUCGGUGGAUGCUGGGGAUGUAGACACUGACCUGAAGGGUAAAUGGAAAUCCGUUGCAGUCGGGUGGACAUCACCUGAUGCAAGGAAAGAGUUAGCCAAGAUAUUGAAAGGCUUCCCAGGGUCAUACCUUUCAGUUAUUUCUGAGGAGAAACUAGCAACAGUCACCACCCCCAAGAAUGUUGCAGCUCCACUCUUGAAGCAAUUAAGAGACGCUGGCCUGAUUUUCGUGGAAACGGCGUUGCGUGGGCCCUUUCAUUGCGGAAGCCGUAGUCAAGAGGCAACAUCCCUGAUCAAUCUUUUUGAUUCGGAUCCGAACUUUCAAUUCCCUAAUGUUUCUCUAUUGACGUUCCCAACACGUUCUGCCACUGGAGCAGAGUAUUUCGCUGGCGAUAAAUUGCAUCACAAGGCAGCUCAAGCAAUGCUGACCGACCAGGCGAACUGGCACCAGGUAUUCACUUCACUUCAAUCCUCUGCCACGAAUAGCCGGUCCUUGGUUGUCGCCUUUGGCCGUGAGCGUUGUGUUCCGCAAUGGGUUGUGCGUAAACUCGGUCCACGACUGAUGCAAGGCGCAAAUGUUGAUCUCAACUCAUGUCGAUUGCCACCACAGUUUGAUCGCGUGCUAAAAUCUUCUGAAGAUGAGGCCGUGGCUAUUGUUGGUUUGGCUUGUCAUCUCCCUGGUGGAGACGACCUCGACGGAUUCUGGGACACACUAUGUGCAGGAAAGUCGCAACAUGUCGAAGUUCCCUCGGAGCGUUUGGACUUCCAGACUACUGCGUGGCGCGAUUAUGAUUCUGAGAGGAAGUGGUACGGCAACUUCGUCCGUGACCAUGACGCAUUUGAUCACCGAUUCUUCAAGAAGAGCGGCAGGGAGAUGGCGUCUACCGAUCCACAGCAACGGCUAAUGUUGCAGGUGGCCUACCAGGCAGUGGAACAAUCUGGGUACUUCACUAUGCCUACUGCCCUAGAUGAACAUAUUGGCUGCUACGUCGGUAUUGGAGUCGCCGAUUAUGAGAAUAAUGUUGCAGGCCAUCCAGCCAAUGCAUACACCGCAACCGGCAACCUCAAGUCCUUCGCGGCUGGAAAGAUUAGUCACUAUUUCGGCUGGAGUGGGCCUGGCAUUACCAUUGAUACAGCAUGCUCUUCGUCUGCCGUGGCUAUUCACCAUGCUUGUCAGGCUAUUCUGAGUGGCGAGUGUUCCGCUGCGCUCGCAGGGGGGACUAGCAUCAUGUCAAGCCCAGAAUGGUAUCAGAACCUAGACGGAGCUUCAUUUCUUAGUCCCACAGGGCAAUGCAAGCCGUUUGAUAUCGAUGCAGACGGUUAUUGCAGAGGCGAAGGAGCUGGCGCCGUUUUCUUGAAGAAGUUGUCUGCGGCGAUCGAGGAUGGUAAUCAAAUUUUUGGUGUCAUCAACGCAUCUUCCGUGAAUCAAAAUGAGAAUUGUUCGGCUAUAACCGCUCCGAGCGUACUGUCUCUAUCUAACGUUUUUAGCAGCGUCAUUCGCAAGGCUGGGCUGGACCCAAAGCAAAUAUCCGUCGUUGAAGCCCAUGGAACGGGUACUCAGGUUGGAGACCGAGCCGAAUACGAUAGUAUUCGUAAGGUGUUCGGUGGGCCUGGUCGAACAGAAAGACUUUCGCUUGGAUCAGUCAAGGGCCUUGUUGGACAUUUGGAGUGUGCAUCCGGGAUUGCAGCUCUGAUAAAGACGCUACUUAUGAUAUACAACGGUGCCAUUCCCCCACAGCCCAGUUUCAAUGUCAUCAGUCCCAAGCUGAAUGCCAUGCCAUCGGACAAUAUUGAGAUUACCAAGAAGUUCAAAGCCUGGGAUACGGACUUUCGGGUGGCCCUGAUCAACAAUUAUGGGGCGUCUGGCUCUAAUGCAUCGCUUAUCGUCACCGAAGCACCCUCAUCCCGCUCCAAAGACCUAUAUUUGGAGGGACAGACGAUUUCGAAGUCACCAUUCUGGCUCUGUGGGCUUGAUGGACAAAACCUGCGAUUAUAUUCCACCAAACUAGUCCAGCUGUUAAAGUCAAGCAAAAAAUCGGAUCAUCGCUUCACGAUAGCAAACUUGUCCUUUCAGCUAUGUCGGCAGUCCAAUCGUUCGCUUAGCCAGGGAUUGAUAUUCAGUUGCAGCUCUCUUGAUGAGCUGACCGAGAGGCUGGCUGCUUUUGCAAAGGGGCAGGGAGACUUGUCAUUGGUCUCGCGCCAUGUGUCGCCUCGGCCAGUGAUACUUUGCUUCGGAGGUCAAGCGUCCAAGUUCGUCGGAUUAGAUCGCGAGAUAUACGACCAAAUAAAACUACUGCGAACUCAUCUCGACCUAUGCAAUGAAAUAUGUCUUUCACUGGGGCUGAAUAGCAUUUUCCCGGCAAUAUUCCAAAGAACACCUGUCGAAGACGUCGUUCGUUUGCAAACUGUGCUGUUCGCUAUCCAAUACUCUUGUGCUAAAAGCUGGAUCGAAAGCGGAGUACAAGUUGCAGCGGUGGUUGGCCACAGUUUUGGAGAGUUGACAGCAUUGUGUGUCUCGGGCAUCCUCGAUGUGAAGGAUACGUUGAAAAUGAUUGCAGACAGAGCACGUAUCAUUCAAGAGAAAUGGGGCCCCGAGAAAGGAUGCAUGGUAGCUGUUGAUGGAAACCUAACCGAUGUUGAAAGACUACUGCAGCAGACUAACAAUACAAACCCCGAUGAGACUGCCACUAUUGCAUGCUUCAAUGGACCCCGAAGCUUCACGCUGGCUGGGACAUCCAAAGCAAUAGAGAUAUUGAGAGAGACAAUAACUACCAACCAAGCCUUCUCGUCCAUGAAGAUGAAGCAGUUGGAUGUCACCAAUGCUUUCCAUUCCCCACUGGUCGAUUCUCUAACGGCGGAUCUGGCAACAGUCGGCGAAGAUUUGAUCUUCCGAGAGCCCACUAUUCCACAUGAGAGGGCAUCUAAAGAUGGGACAUCUGAUCUGCCAAUUCCUGGGUUUGUGGGAUCCCAUAUGAGGUGCCCUGUGUACUUCAACCAUGCUGUUCAGAGGCUUGCCCAGAGAUAUCCUUCAGCUAUCUGGCUUGAAGCUGGAUCUAAUUCGGGCAUCACAACUAUGGCUAGCCGUGCGCUAGGAUCUCCAAAGUCUUCCCAUUUCCAACCUAUCAACAUCACAGGCCCUGAAGCAUUCAAGCACUUGACGGAUGCCACGACUAACCUAUGGAAAGAGGGACUAAAUACAACCUUCUGGGCGCACCAUAUCGCACAGACAUCAGACUAUUCCCCGCUUCUGCUACCACCAUACCAGUUUGAGAAGUCCAAGCAUUGGUUGGCACGUACGAAACGACAAGUGAGAAAUGACUCCCCAGCACCACAAAUCCAGCAAGCUCCCAAGGGCCUAUGGAACUUUAUGGGAUAUCAGGACGCCGCGAAAACACAUGCGCGCUUCCAGGUCAACACGAAUUCGGAGGAAUAUUUAACCUACGUUUCCGCUCACGUCAUUGCUCAAACGGCGCCAAUUUGCCCCAGCACCUUCCAGCAUGUUAUUGCUGUGGAUGCACUUGAGAGUCUUGCGACGAUGUCAAAUGAUCCAUCGCUACUACCCGAGCUUCAAGGAAUGGAGAGUAGCGCUCCGCUGUGCGUGGAUGCAUCAAGACUUGUCUGGCUUGACGCGAAGAGAAUGGGAGAGAAUGAUCUCACCUGGGACUGGAGUAUUACCAGUACCACUAUAGGUGGCAAUACGUCAGACGCAAAUCUCCAUGUCUCUGGACGGAUCGUCUUCAGACAUGCAAAGGACGCCGCGUACGAUUUCGCCAAGUAUGAACGUCUAGUAGAUCGAGAGCGUAGCCUUGCUAUCCUUGAUGGACCUGAAGCGGAUCAAGUAAUACUAGGCAGCCGCAAUAUAUACAAGGCAUUCGCAAGUAUCGUUCAGUAUAACCAUGAUGAAUACAGAGGUCUACAAAAGAUUGCUGCCAAGGGCAACGAGUCGGCGGGCCGUAUCAAAAAGCAGGACGCAAAAGGAACGGUCCUUAGCGUAGGACUUGCUGAUACGUUCUGUCAGGUGGCUGGCAUCUUUUUGAACUGCAUGACUGACUGUGAAGAUGGCGACAUGUUCCUAUCGAACCGUGUUGAUCAGUGGAUUCGCUCCCCUACAGUCUCCCGUGAUUCACGUCCAGAAUUAUGGGAGGUCUAUGCACGACAUCACAGUCCCUCUGAUAAAGAGUAUGUGAGCGAUAUGUUCAUCUUUGACUCGCUAAGUGGAGAACUGGUGUGGGUCGUAUUGGGCCUCCACUUUGUGAAAGUGUCCAUCAACGGCAUGGCAAGACUUUUGUCAAGACUGUCUUCUGCGGCGAAGACGAUCCGAGGUGCUCUUACUCCACCAUCUACUCCCCCAGAGAUGGCAAAUGCAGAGGACUCUCACCCUGCCCUCUCUUCAAAACCAGCUGAGUCGAUACCUCUACCCAAGCUUGUUAGAAAGAAGAAAGUCAAGAUAAACACCGCCCCGCGGCGUGAUAUCUCAAGCGAUGCUCGAGGACUGUUGUGUAAUCUCUUGGGUCUUGACGCCGAGGAAGUCAAGCCUAAAUCUGAUCUUGUCGAGCUUGGAAUUGACUCACUCCUAGCCAUGGAGGUGGCCCGGGAGGUGGAGAACGAAUUUAAGACCAAGUUGGAGCUAGAAGAACUCAUGGAAAUGACCGACUUCCAGAGUCUUGUCGAUUGCCUGAAGUCCAAAUUGGGAAUAUCUGAUAACCUGGCAGCGGAAGAAGAAGGUGAGGAUGAGGAUGAUGAGAGUGAAGCUGGGAUACAGACCCCCGCCGAUAGUGCGGUGUCAUCACACAAUGAAAUUUCCGGGCAUCUCAACGGCAGUCAUGCAUCUCAUACAACGAUACCCGCCUCAGUCAUCCUAGACACAUUUGCUGAGUCGAAGCAAUUGACCGACCACUUCAUUAAGGAAAACAAUUUCUCCGGAUACAUGGACCAGGUGCUGCCCAAGCAAAACGAGCUUGUAGUUGUACACAUCGUCGAUGCUUUCGAGCAGAUAGGGUGCUCCCUUCGGACUGCAGAAGCUGGCCAAGUCUUGGACCGCAUCUCAUAUCUUCCCAAGCACGAGCAAGUCAUGGCAGUCUUCUAUGGCCUGUUGGAAAAGGCACGACUUGUGGACCUAGAUGGCUCCAAGAUCACCCGAACAGCCAUACCCGUUCCGCCAAAAUCCGCCACAACACUGCUAAAAGAGCUCCUUAGCGAAAGCCCUGAACACAGUUAUGAUCACAAACUUACAAGCCUGACUGGUUCUAGGUUGGCGGAUUGCCUGACGGGCAAGACCGACGGCAUACAGUUGAUCUUUGGUACGCCAGAAGGGCGAGAACUUGUUGCAGGCACUUACGCCCUAUCCCCAAUGAACGUGGCCUGGAUCGCUCAGCUGGAACACUUUUGGAAGCAGUUAUUACUCCGCUUACCCAGGCAGAGUGAGCCGAUCUCCAUAUUGGAAUUGGGUGCUGGCACCGGUGGAACGACCGCACGACUAGUACCAAUCUUGGCUGCCUCGGGUAUCACAUUCGAGUACACAGUUACAGACAUUUCCCCAUCGUUGGUGGCAGGCCUCCGAAAAAGGUUCAAGCAUCACCCCUUUAUGCGUUUCCAACUUCUCGAUGUCGAAAAGCCACCCCCAGCUGAACUUCUGCAUCUCCAGCAUGUUGUGCUUGCGACGAACUGUGUCCACGCUACUCAUAGCUUGGUAAGGACAACGAAGAACAUCCACGGCCUUCUUCGUCCUGAUGGCUUCCUCUGCAUGCUCGAGAUGGCAAAAAAUAUACCCUGGGUCGACUCAGUAUUUGGACUUGUUGAAGGGUGGUGGCUCUUCGAUGACGAUGAUCGCGUCGAGCAACAACACGCUCUCGCGCAACCCUCCUUGUGGGAAAAGACCUUGCGCUCUAACGGCUAUGGCCAUGUCGAUUGGAGCGACGGAGAGCUACCCGAAAAUUCCAUUCAGCAUAUCAUCAUUGCACUUGCUUCUGGCCCAAGCUAUGAUCGGGUACCUAUCCUCCCUAAAAGUCUUUCGAACCAUACGACUAACUUUGCUGCUCGUCAAGCUGUAGUCGAUUCCUUUGUCGACAAGUACACUCGACACUUCUCCGCCCCAGUCUCGUUUCCCGUGUCCGAUCUGGUUAUCAAUCUAAGCCGCUGUAUUAUGGUAACCGGGGCCACAGGGAGCUUAGGGUCCCACCUAGUUGAAUAUUUCGCCUCUCAACCAGACAUCCACAAAGUCAUCUGCCUAAACAGAAUUGGUCGCAUAGAUGGUGCAGUCCGUCAGCGACAAGCGCUUGAAUCGAGAGGACUGCUCCUUAGCAAGGAAGCUUCAUCAAAACUCCAAGUUCUCGAAACCGAUACGUCUAAACCGAUGUUGGGCUUAUCUGCUGCCGAUUAUAAAAGCCUAGCUAAGUCCGUUAACCUCAUCGUUCACAAUGCAUGGGCAAUGAGUAUGACACGUCCGGUACGCGCCUUCGAGCUUCAGAUCAAGACCAUGCGGAAUCUGAUUGACUUUGCCCGCGAAUGCGCAUGUCAUCAGCAGCCAAACGACCCGAAAAUUGGAUUUCAGCUCGUCUCAUCUGUCUCAGUAAUGGGUUACCAUCCUUUCGUGAGCGGCAAAGCUCUGGCACCUGAAGAGAGAGUGGCCGUGGACUCUGUUCUACCUAUGGGCUACGCUGAUGCUAAGCUCGUUUGCGAAUAUAUGCUGGACGAGACCCUGCACCAUCAUCCUGACGACUUCCGCACCAUGGUGGUGCGAAUAGGCCAGAUUUCGGGCUCAAAGACGAAUGGGCUCUGGAAUCCAGUAGAACAUCUAGCACAUUUGAUCAAGUCGUCGCAGACGCUCAAUGUCCUACCAGAUUUAGAUGGGGUGCUGUCAUGGUGCCCGGUCAAUGAUGUGGCCGCCACACUGGGGGAGUUGCUCAUUGGAGACACAACGGCAUACCCAAUAUACCACAUCGAGAAUCCAGUCAGACAGUCCUGGCGCGAUAUGAUCCCCAUUCUCGCGGAAGCACUUGGCGUACCACAGGCAAAUACUAUCUCCUAUAAGGAGUGGAUACGUCGAGUUCGCGAGUUUCCACCAAGUUUAGUUUCCGAGAACCCAGCAGCUCGACUGGUGGAUUUCUUCAAUGAUGAUUUCGAACGCAUGUCGUGCGGAGGAUUGAUUCUUGAUACGGCGCAUAGUAAAGAGCAUUCGGAUACUUUCAGGGGAUUGGAGGCGGUGGGUGAAGAGUUGGUAUUGAAAUAUAUUCAGGCGUGGAAAGAAACGGGAUUUUUACGGUAG